AGAGGAAGAAGAAGAAGAAGAAAGAAAAGAAAAAAAAAUCAGAAUCCAAAUCCUCUGUUCCUUCUUCUUCUCCUUCUUCUUCUUCUUCCCCAUCGAAAUCUCUCAUACCAAUACUUCGAUUUUGGUCCACGACUUCCAGCUAUGGCAACCGGCGGCGGCGUCAGUGGCAUUGGCGGCGGGGUGAUGGGAGCGGUGAAUCGGGCGGCGGCGAGCGUGAUUGGCGGCGCGUCCGAUUACUUCCACUCCCUGGCGACGCAGACGCCGCACCGGCUGCGGAAGAGGGUGCUGGCCACGUGGACGCCGGAGCAGGAGCUGACGCAGGUCCGGCUCCGGUCCGGCGCCGACAUGAAGCGGAAGCUCCAGUGGUACGACCUGAUGGCGCUCGGGAUCGGCGGGAUGCUCGGCGUCGGGGUUUUCGUCACCACCGGGUACGUCGCCGGGACGUACUCCGGCCCGGCCGUGUUCGCGUCGUACAUCGUCGCCGGCAUUUCCGCGCUGCUCUCGUCGCUCUGUUACGCCGAAUUCUCCGUCCAAAUCCCCGUCGCUGGCGGCGCUUUCAGUUACCUCCGCGUCACUUUCGGGGAAUUCAUUGGGUACUUUGCUGGAGCAAAUAUACUAAUGGAGUAUGUGCUAUCAAAUGCUGGGGUUGCAAGGAGUUUUACUGACUACCUUUGCCAUGCCGUUGGGGUAAAUGACUCGAACCUGUGGAGGGUUAAAGUGGAUGGUUUGCUACCCGGUUACAACAACCUGGAUUUCCCAGCAGUUGCUCUCAUCCUACUUCUCACCCUUUGCCUCUGCCAUAGGUUGGUUGGUUGUACAAAGGAUAGCUCAAUGUUGAACCUUGUGAUGACGGUGUUCCACGUCAUGUUCUUCGGGUUCAUCAUAGUUGCUGGGUUCUACAACGGGAGCGCCAAGAACUUGGUGAAGCCCAGUGGGAUGGCUCCCUUCGGCGUGAAAGGCGUCGUCGAUGGCGCGGCCAUCGUCUACUUCAGCUACAUCGGCUACGAUUCGGUCUCCACCAUGGCCGAAGAGAUUCAGAACCCUGCAAAAGCUCUGCCCCUAGGGAUCGUCGGCUCUGUUCUCAUUGUCUGCAUUCUCUACUGCCUGAUGGCUCUGGCUCUCUGCGUCAUGGUGCCUUUCAACAUGAUACCAAUGGAAGCAUCAUUCUCAGCAGCAUUCCAACAGAUCGGUUGGGGCUGGGCGAGCAAUGUGGUUGGAGCCGGUGCGAGUUUGGGCAUAAUUGCUUCUUUACUAGUAGCCAUGCUUGGCCAAGCUAGGUACCUUUGUGUCAUUGGGAGGGCCAGGCUAGUCCCUUCUUGGCUAGCCAAGGUCAACCCGAAAACCGGCACUCCUCUCAAUGCUACCCUCUUCUUAGGUCUCUGCACGGCGUCGAUCGCGCUCUUCACGGACCUCAGCAUAGUCUUCGAGAUGAUCUCUCUCAGCACGCUGAUGGUGUUCUACCUCGUCGCCAACGCCCUGAUCUACCGGCGAUACGUGAUCAUCGGGGGCAGCCCGCCGCCCAACACCCUCCUCUUCCUCUUCCUCCUCACCGCCUGCUCCGCGGGCCUCUCCGUCGCGUGGAAGCUCGACGCAGAGUGGUGGGGUGUCCCGGUGUUCGGAGGCGCCAUGAUCGCCACCACGGGGUUCUACCAGCUCGUGGUGCCGUACGUUUGCCAGCCCGACGAGGGCUGGCUCGUGCCGUUCAUGCCUUGGCCAGCCGCCAUCUCCAUUUUCCUCAAUGUGUUCCUGAUGUCGACAUUGAAGCUGGUUUCUUUCAAGAGGUUUGCGGUUUGGGGUGGGUUGAUUACUCUGUUCUAUCUCAUGUAUGGUGUGCAUUCUACUUAUAGGGCAGAGGAGAUGGGUUUAGGGAGUGACGGUGGCGAUGGUGGCGGUGAGAUUCCGCAGCAGAAUUCUAACUCGUCGCCGGUUCAGCAGAAUGUGCAUAAGUUAGAGAUUCAGAUGCAAUGAUGAACAAUUGUGAAAAAAAGGGAGUAGGAUAAAGAGGAAGGAAAAGAUUGAGGGUUUUGGUCCAUUUUUUGCCCUAUUCUCAAUUCUCAUCGUAUCCCCAUUUGUUAUGGUAAAUAUAUGAGACAUUUGAUGAUAUGAUCCACAAAGUAAUUCAUGGGAGAGUUGAAAGCACAUGAUGUCUAUAUACAAAUGUGACCAAAUUUAAGCAAAUAAUGGACUAUUAUGGGGCCUGAGAGA